AAGCCGUGUGAGCUUCGUGCCCUGAAGACAGUCUGCUCCGAGGGAGAGGAGGCUCCCCAAAGUCCUGACUGGCUUUGUGGGGAGCAGUUCCAGAGCAUCGCCCGGGGACUCCGUGACAACUGGUGGAAGCGGUGGGAUAUACGGCACCCCGUGAAUGGCGCUUCUUGCAGUAAGUGACUGGGGAUCAGUAAAACAGAGGGGGGAUAACGAGGACCAGGCGUGCUGAAGCUCAGAGAGGGACGGUUUCAGGGGGCGAUUAACCCCUAGGAGUGUGUGACCAGCGAGAAGGACUGUUGGAGUAACGGGGUCCCCCUGAGGACUGCAGUGAGCAGUCUCAGGGGCGGAGGAGCUUGCCGCUCGACCUGGGAGAGAGAAGGACGUUUGCAGUAACAGGGUCCCCUGGGGAUUGCAGCGAGCGGUCCCGGGGUGGAGGAGUCUGAAGCUCGACCCUGGCAGAGAGGUGGUGACCACGAGAAGGGCUGGCACACUAGGGGUCUCCCUGGAAACCAUGGGGGAGCUGAGAGCACACGGGCCUCUGAGUCCAAAGCAACUUGGGAACAGUGAAGUGAUGGCCCAUCACCAUCUCCUCAAGAAGGACAUUGUGAUCCUGUGCAAAGAGAGGGUUACGCAUUGGGAAGUUCACCAAGGCCCAGUGAAUCGUGCAGCUGGAGGACGAGGACCGCUCUAAGGAGCAGAUUCCUGACCCAGACAAGGUUACAAGAGGAUCUGGGAGCAGCUGGAGUGGUAGCCAGGCAUCCCCGAGAGUCUGGUCCCCAACCGGACGGGGGCCUUCACGCUCGGGUUCCCCAUCGGGGGAUCGGAGAUGGAUGGGACUGGAGCUGAGUCCGAGAGAGCGAGAGGACCGUGAGAGACAGCGAGAGCCCGAGGAAAAGCUGCAGGAGAAGCAGCAGCAGCAUGGACUGGCGCUGGUGGAGCGGAGAGGCAUAGGGGGCUCCCCAGGGGCGCGGAGAGAGAGCGGGCGGAAGGCCAUGCUGUCAGCGCAGGAAGCCAGUCUCCCGCAGCAGAAGUAAAGGAGGAGAAGCCUGCACAGCUCCAGCCCUUGCCCGGAACCCGGCCACUCCUGUCACCCGAGGAAGCCAGCAACGCGGAACGAGCCGCGCAGAAGGAGAAGCUCCAUGCAGAGCUGAAGCGGGUCUUGCAGCGGAAAGGCGAGAGCCAGCCCAGCGCCGCGGAGCCAGCGCCGCCCCCCACCCCUGCCAUGGAGACCCAGACCAGGGUGACGGAGCUUCUCGCUGGGUCUCUCCCCCGCCAGGAGGAAGCGAAGACGUCGGAGCUGGUGGAGAUCAUCCUGGAGACGGAGGCCAGGGCCGGGGCCAGUGGGAUCAGCGUGGCCGGCGGGGGCAAGGAGGGGCUCUUUGUCUCCGACGUGCUGAGGGAGUCCCCCGUGGCCAAGGCCCUGAGCCUGAAAGAAGGUGACCAGCUCCUCAGCGCCAGGGUCUACUUUGAGAAUGUCCGAUACGAAGACGCCCUCAGGAUCCUGAAGUGCGCGGAGCCGUACAAGGUCUCCUUCUGCCUGAAACGCACCGUUCCCCGGUCGGAUGUCCCCGGGAGCCCCGCAGCCGGAGGCCUGGCAGUGAAGGGACCCCAGGCGAAGAUGGCCAAGCUGAACAUAAAGAGCCUGGUGCCCACGAGAAAGCAGAAGGGGAAGGGCCUGGCGAAGGCCCCGGAGGAGGAGGUGGCCCUGAUGGGCAGCGCGGAGCCGUCGGCGGGGAAGCUGGACGUGGCCCCUGUGGACGUGGAAUUCUCCUUGCCCAAGUUCGCCAAGCUAAGGAAAGCGAAGAGUGCGGCCGAGACGGAAGCGGCCGGGCCCAGCCCAGACGUCUCUGUCGAGCGCUCCCCUUCGCAUCCCAAGGGGAGGAGGCUCAAGUUUCUCAGGCUGAAGGUGAAGGAGGCGGCAGGCGCGCAGGCGCUGGCUGUGGCGGGGACGCUGGAAGGGGAGGCAGGUGCUCAGGGGAAGGCCCCCCACUUCGCAGCCCCAUUCCCCAAGGUGAAAAAGCCCAAGCAGGAGGCUGGGCUUGCGGAGGUCGAACUCAAGGACCAAGUCAAGUUCAAGGCCCCCCAGGUUGAACUGGACAUUCCCAUCCCUGAUCUCAAAGCCCCCAAAGUGGCGGCUGGCGUGGAGACUCCGGAGAUCUCGGGCAAAGGGGAAGCCUUGCGGAUCAAGCUGCCGAAGUUUGGGGUGUCCGCCAGGCCUGUGGAGGGGGAAAUCGAGGUAGAGGGACUGGAGGGGAAGCUGAAGGUGCCCAAAGUCCAAGUGCCCCGGGUUGGGAUUUCCCUGCCAAUGGCAGACAGGGAAGCAGACGGGCCAGAGGGAGAGCUCAGAGCUGGCAUCAAACUCCCCUCGGUGGAAAUAGCAGCCCCCAAAGUAGAGGUGGAUUUGAGCCUUCCCAAAGGGGAAGGAGCCCUGGAAGCACCAGACGUCAGCGCCAAAGGGGAGGGCGUGAAAAUCAAAAUGCCCAAGUUUGGCAUCUCUGCAGGGGAAGUGGAAGGCGCACUGAAAACGCCCACCAUCCCGUCCCCCAAGCUUCCCAGCGACAGAGGGGAGGCCGAGGGGCCAGCCGGGAGGUACAAAGCCGGCAUGAAGCUCCCGUCCCUUAACAUAGGGGUGCAGCAGGUGGACGUUGAGAUCCCCCUUCCCAGGGGGAAGGCAGAUACAGAAUGGGAACCGGAGCCUGCCGAAGCCAAGCUGGAGCUCCCUGACGUCACUGUGACGAUCCCCAAGAUCAGCCUGCCCAUGCAUGGGGGCAAAGCCAAAGAGGAGGAGGUGAAGAGGGAGCUCAAGGUGCCCCAGGUGGAAGUGAAAGUGGGGAAGGCAGAGGGGGAGAGCCCUGAGUUGAAGGCAAAAGGUCCCAAGAUUAAGAUGCCGAGCUUUGGGAUCUCCCUGCGGGAACACAAGCCCGAUGUAGACACCAAAGCGAAAGAGCCUGCCGCCGAAGGGAAGAUGAAAUUCCCUGCGGUGAAGAUGCCCUCCAUCGACAUUUCUGUCCCCAAAGCUGCCGACGUGCAACUGCCCAAAGCGAAGAUGGAACCGGCUGGGCUAGCCGGUGAGGGAAGGGUGAAAGCCCCUGAUGGGGACGGUGCCGAGGGUCUCGAGUUCAAAUUCAAAAUGCCACAAGUGUCGCUUCCAAAAUUCGACCUCUCUGGCAUGGCCGGGAAAGCCGAGAGCAAGGCCCACGUGCCUUCGCCCAAAGGCCCGCAGCCGGAGGCCAACACCGGGGGCCUGGAGAUCGCGGCUGGGAAGAUAAGCGUGCCCACGCUGGAUAUCUCUGUGCUGGGGAUUAAGCCGGUCGAUGUGGAACUGCCGGAGGCCUCUUUGCGAAAGCCCAAGCUUGAGAUAGCCGUCGAGAAGCCGAAGAUAGAGGUGAGGCUGCCCUCAGGGAAAGCUGAUGGGAGGAGGCUGGAGUCUGAGGUGGAAACGGCCCAAGCCAGGCUGAGUUUCCCGUCGGUGAAGAUGCCGUCGUUGGACAUUGACAUGCCCAAGGUAGGCGUUGAUCUGGACCUGCCAAAGGCAGAGCCUGGCUUCGAGGGGGAGCUCAGGGCAGUGGCAGGCCUGAAGGAACGUGACCUCCAGCUGCAAAAGCCCCAGGAGCCUCUCCCGAAUUUCGGGGCUGUCUGCAAGGACUUGGAGGUGGAGAUCAAUGUGCCAGCUCCCAAGGCCAAGGCUGACCGCCCCACACCAAGAGCAGAGGUUGAGCUCCAGGGUGCAGCCUUGGAAGGCCCGGAUCUAAGUGGGAUGGUGGCGAAGCUCCCCAAGGUGGACAUUUCGUUUGGGAAAGAGAAGCUGGAGGGUGAGGAACUGGACAGAGCAGGGCCGGAAGGGAAGGGCAAAGCAGAUAUGAAGUUCCCAAAGGUCGGACUAGAACUCAAAAGCCCCGAAGUGAAGCCCGGGAGCCUGGAGGCCACAGUGAAGCUGCCCUCCGUUGACAUUUCAACGCCUAAGCUCCCCGAUGUGGCCAUCGCGGCCCCGCUGGGGGGAACAGCUGCUGUUGACAUCAGCGGAAAACUGCCGGAGACCGAUACCAAGCUGAAAUCACCCAAGUUCUCUUUCCCCAGAUUUGGCAUCUCUGGCCCGAAGGUUAAGAAAGGAGGCCUGGAGGCUGUGACACUGCAAGCUGAGCUGGAGGCGGAAACCCUGGAAGCAAGCGCCAAAGGGCCUAAGCUGAAGAUGCCAAAAUUUGGGCUCUCGUUCUCCAGGUCGAAGCAGGGGGCUGACUUGGACGGGCCCAGGCUCUCUGCGGAGGGAGAGGGGAAGGCUCCCAAGGGGAAGGUGGAGAUCUCAGGGCCUCACAUCGAUAUGGACUCCCCCGAAGCCAAAAUGAAGCUGCCUUCAGUGAAACUUCCCACGGUUGACAUCUCCAGCCCCAGAGUGGAUGUGGACAUUGACUUGCCUAAGGGAAAGGGGGACGUCUCAGGCCAAGAGGUCACACAGGCUGGGGAAACAUCGCCUGACACCAGCAUGGAGAUCCCAGACAUUAAACUGAAGAUGCCCAAAUUUUCACUGCCAAAAUUUGGGGGCCAGGGCAGGGAGGAGCAGCUGGAACUGGAGCAAGAGACGCUCAAGGGGGAAGUGAAAGGGAGCGUCGAGGCCUUGUCUGGAGAGCUAGACAGGAAAGCAAAGGGCAAGGAGGCCAAGAUGAAGAUGCCCAGGUUCAAAAUGCCAUCCUUUGGCAUUGCCAGGAAGGAUGUAGAGGUGUCUGGGCCCAGUGCGACAGCUCCUGAGAUUGACGUGAAAGGCAAGAAAGGGAAAGCAGCUGCCAAAGAGCCCAUCGUGGCUGCUGGGAGCCCAGAGGAGAAGCUAAAAGGCCCCUUCAUGAAGAUGCCAAAACUGACGAUCUCUUCUCACAAGGAUGACCUGAAAGUAGAAGCCGACGUGAGAGGCUCCAAAGGUGAAAGUUACAUCCAAGGCCCCGACAUAGAAAUUAAAAUGCCCCAGGUUGAGCUGCCAAAGUUUGGAACCAAAGAGGAGAAAGCCAACGUGGAGAUGUCUGAGAGACCGGAAAGCCCUGGCACCAAGCUAAAAGUGGGCACGGUUAAGAUGCCAUCACUAGAGAUCUCCACGCCUGACCAAGUUCCUUCAUUGCAAAUCUCCGUUCCCGGUGUAAGAGCGGAAGGCGAGCCAUCAGUGGGAAAGCCGGUCAUGGACGUCUCCGAGGCUGAUAUUAAGGGCUAUGAGGGAAACUUGAAAAUCCCCAAGGCGCCUUCCAUUGGCAUCUCUGCGCCAAAGCUAGACUUGGAUAUCAGCUUGCCGAAAGCCGGUGUGGAGAUGCUGGGCCAGCAUGAAGCUGGGCUGAAAAUAGAGGGGGAUGCCGCCUUUGAGAAAGCAGACACCAAAAUUAAGAUGCCCAAGGUGGAGCUGCCCAAAUAUGGGCUGGAGGGUUUCUUGGGGAAAGACUUGGAUAGAGAGUUGAGUGGUGCCGAGGCAGAGAUGCACCUCCUCAAAGGACACAAACUGAAAGGGCCGUCCCUAAAGGACCAGAAAGUAACCCUGGAGAUGGAAGGGGGCAAAUAUGCAGUUGAUGCUACCGAAGGCUCCCUGCUGGGUUCCAAGAUCCGGGUGCCCAAACUGGAUAUUUCCUUGCCCAAAGCCCGGUUGUCAGACAUAGAGGUACCUCUGACCGAGGGGGAGAUCACCAUCGAGGGACUGGAGGAAGCCGAGGGGAAAUUUAAGCUGCCGUCGGUUGGGCUACCAAAAUUUUCUACCCCGAAGGUGAAAGCUCCAGAGGUGGGAUUUGAUGUUGGCUUAAGCAGAGAUCGAGACUUUGCUCUGGACACGUCUGGGCUGCAUGGGAAGGUGCCCAAAGUCGAAGUGAGUGGCCCAAAGAUUAAGUUGCCUAAAUUCGGGGGAGCUAGUUCUGAUGACCAAUGGGAGGCAGAUAUAGACUCAUCCAAGACCCCCAAGGUGGAGCUUAAAGCCCCCAAAUUCCGGGGGAGCCUCGAGACCCCAGGCAGCCAAGUGGGGGUGCAAGAGGCCAAGCUCAAAAUGCCGUCAGUUCCCAUCGGCUUCACUGUGGGCAAGGGAGAGGGGGAGAGUUCCCCCAGGACAGAGGACUCUGAGACGGACGGUUACGACAGCAAGUUCAAACUGAAGAUGCCCUCGUUCGGGAUUUCCAAAGUUGGCACAGAGGCCAAGGGGGACGAGUCCCGGAUGGACACCCAGCCCCUCUGCCCCACAGCAGAGGGAAUGGACUUCUCCUUUAAAAUGCCUCAGCUUGCCAUUCCGGACGUGGGGUUCUCGACAGGCCCAGGGGAAGCUCCAGCUUUGGAGCGGGGGAAAGCUGAGAUGGGAGGAGACGCCGGGGUCAGGGUCGAGAAACUGGCAGGUGCUGAAGAUCUGGAGCGGGACGUGGGAGGGUUAGAGGUCAGGCUCAAGAUGCCCAAAAUCAAGAUGUCACCAUUCGGGAUUUCAGGAUCCAAAGGGGACGAGGGGAAUAUGACGGCAUCUCUCCACAGCCACAAGGGUUCAGAGAGUGAACAGAUGGGAGGGAAGAAAUCCCUGUUCAAAAUGCCGGACCUGGAGAUCUCUGCCCCAAGUAUCAAGGCGCAUGCAGAGUAUGAAGUUGAGGGGGCUCAGCUUCACCACAGUGGCUCCCAAGAGCUGCCGAGAACCAGUGCCGCUGGCAUCCAAGGGGAGAAGGGUCGUAGCGUCAAGGCUCCGGGAGGGAAGGGGGACACUUCUGAAGCCGAGGCAGGGAAGAAGUAUAAAAUGAAGCUGCCCAAGUUUGGGAUCGCCCUGCCCAAAGCCACCCAGGAAGGAGGAGACGGGAACCUUUCUAGGGGCGGGAGCAAGGCCCAGGAGGCUGAAACCAAGGUGAAGAAGGCGGUAUUUGUGCUGGUGAAGCCCAAGAGGAGGGGGGCGGAAGCAUCCUCUGGGCUCUUGGAAGGAGAUGGCGAAGCUGCUGCUGGCUCCUGGGAAGGGGAUGGGGACGGCAAGGCAAAGGGGCCUACAAUAAAGCUGAAGCCCAACUUUGGGCUCUCCCUCUCCAAAUCCAAAGCUGGGGUGGAAGUCAACGGGGAGCUAGAGCCCUCAGCCAAGGAGGAAGGGGAGCUGGAGAAAGGCUCCAAGUUGAAGCUGCCCAAGCUGGGCUUCUCCAAGACCGAGGUCCCGGACCUGGGCACCAGCGGGAAGGGAUCAGCGUCUCAGCUCAACGGGGGGGAGGCGGGAGAACUUUCUCUGCAGAAUGGCUCCCAGGACAGCAAGGCGAAGCUAGGCAAGAUCAAGCUGCCCCAGGUUGAAUUCUCCUCCCCAUAUAAGGCAACGGAGAUGGACCCCGAAAUGAACCUCAAGCUGGUGAGGGCAGAGGAGGCCAAGAAUGAGGCUCACGUCAGCACCUUCAUGGCUCUCAAGGCGGCCAAGUUCAAGUCCCCCAAGAUCACGUUCUCAGGUUUCAAGAAGAAGGAAGGGGAACAAGCCGGGAACGUGGUCUCUUCGGCUGCCAGGACAGAGAUGGCCUUGUUGGAAAAGGGGGAGAGGGACCAAGAUGCCAAGCCAGAGACAUCCAAGAUCUCGCUGGGCUUCACUUCCAAGUCGAAGGGGGAAUACAAUGUGGAGAGAGGCGAGCUGGAUGGCAGAGAGAAAUCCCCUAAAUUCAAGUUCCCCAAGCUGGCCUUCAGCCCUAAAACCAGAGGAGUGCUAGAAGUCACUUCCGAGCAGCAGGAGAAAGGGGGCUCCUCCCAGGGGGAAGGAGAGAAGGGGCCGGGGGCACUGGAGGGAUUCAAGAUUCGGACGCCCAAGCUGGGUUUCUCCACUCAGCUGGAGGAGCAGAUCCCAGAGGAGGGAGGGGGCCAAGUGAAGCCAAUCAAGGGCGAGGUGAUGGUGGGGAAAUCGUCCCCCAUCUGAGGCUGGACUGGGGCAGGGAAAGCAGAGACUUGAACAGCCCCCAGCACCGCCUCCCCCUCGCGUUGGGAGCUUGGCAGGCGGGUAUCUGUACAGUUCUGUGAUAGACGCACUAACCACAAGAUGAGCUUUCAAACCACAGCGUGGGAUGGGGGUGGAAAUGGGGGUGGGGGGAACCCAGCUGUUCUAAUAACCAGCCCCAGUGUGGGCUCCCCCCUGCUCUGACUCCUCCCCGACGGGGGCCAAGUGAAUCUUCUUGGGGCAAGACUUUUUUUUUUAAUUUUUGUUGAAAAUAAUGUGAAUAAAUAACCAAGCUACACUUAGUAUUUUUUACCGUUUUACCAGUUUAAUAACCAGCCCCUUUGGCCUGGUGCCAGCUCAGCCCUGGUUCCCCCAAGGCCCUGCCCUGCAGGGGGACGCGGCGGUUCUGAAUGCACUAAGGGGGCCGAAGGAUUUUUUUUUUAACUUAGGCUUUAACUCUGUUUCUCGGGGGUGGCUGUUCCAUUUAUACUUUUAAAUUAAGACGCUUGCAAACUAAUGGUCAGUAAGGGAACGGCAGUCGCUGCUUUCCAACCGGAGACCGGUGCCUUCUUACUAGUGUAACGCUAAGCUUGGAGAAAGGAAUCGAUUGGAAGAGGCAGGAUAACGUGAAUUAGGGGCAAUUUAAAACGCAGCUCGCUCUGGACUGCACAGAGUAACAGGAGUAAGGAAUUUCCAAGAAAGGCACAAGAAAACGGCAGGGGGUUGACUCUGUGGCACUGCUCCAGCGGUAGGAAGGGGCCUUCGGGGAAAGUGGGCUCCUGCUUUUUAAUGAGUGAUUCCAGGUGUGGGGAAAGCAGGGGUUUGAUCCCAUGAGUUCUGAAAAGCCUGGCCGGGCCAGCUCCAGUCUGUUUACCCUGAAAUUCCUAACCUCUGGCUGCCCUUUCGGCAACACAAAUAGCAGCUGAGUCCAAAGGGUUCCUCCUUGGAAGGCGGUUUAAAAAUAACUGGCGUGUUCUCUCCCAGCGUGGGCUCAAAGAAGAGCCUUCUCAGGCGGAGCAGGGCUGUUGACUGGAUCUGUCACAGCUCCCCUCACCCAGCCCCCCCGGCCCCACUGCUGGGGGAGUCAUUUCCUUUGGGCUGGGGAAGGUCAGGAGCACACCAGGGCCAUAGUCCCAGCCCUAUCACAGCUUUUUUUUGAGCCCCUUCCAAACAGGAAAGAGACCAGGAACCUCAGCUGAUGACUGGCAAGGCCUCCACAAGCUGUGGUUAGAGCCAAGGGCCAAUGAGCCAUCACACUCCUGUCGUCUGUAGUCCCCUCUUAGCCACCGCUGCAUGUGUGACCUUCGGAGAGACCCUGCCCGGCAUUAUUACUGGGGAGAGCAGGACUGGCCCGCCCUCAAGAGCUUGCCAUUUACACGGAUGAGACCGUCAGAGAGAGGCUAAUUAUCCCCACUUCCGGGCCAGAGAGAUGCGGUGACUUGCCCAUGGUCUCACAGGGAGUCAGUGGCAGAGCUGAGAAAUGAACCCAGGUGUCCUGAGUCCUAGAACAGUGCCUUACUCACACCAUUGUGCCCUUCCCCUACAGCACAAUCCCACCCCAGUGCCUCAGUCAGCCCAGGGGAACAAACUGGGAGCUCACUAAACAUCAUGGUGCUUUGAAUGUUCCUGAGUAUUUACAUUUUCCCCAAAAGAAAGGAUUGAAUAUGCCCCCACUGGUAGUUUGAUUUCUAGCUGUUGUCUUUGUGGGGGUGGGAGUCUGUCCAGAAAUCCCUCCGUUUGCUUCUGGGGGCAAAUGUGUACAUACAGUAGAACCUAAGAGUUAUGAACACCGCAGGAAUGGAGGUUGUUCGUAAUGCUGAACAAAACAUUACGGUGGUUCUUUCAAAAGUUUACAACUGAAUGGUGACUUAAGACAGCUUUGAAACUUUACUAUGCAGAAGAAAAGAGGGUUAAAAGCAGCAUUUAAUUUAAAUGUACCAAGCACAGAAACAGUUCCCUUGUCAAAUCUUUUUUUAAACUUUCCCUUUAUUUUUUAGGAGUUUACAUUUAACACAGUCCUGUACUGUACAAUAUUUGCUGUUUUUUGUCUCUGCCUGAGUGCAUAGUUCUGGUUCCCCAGGAGGUGUGUGGCUGACCCGUCAGUUUCUAACUCCGAGGCUCUACUGCAGAUUCUAUUGCUUAACGAAGCCAUAACCCAGCUGACCCUCGGUGUUUGGGCAGCAGCUUUAGCUUGUAUUGCGUGGGAGCGAUUGCAGUCCAUGAGUGUGUUAAGCACGCCAGACAUCCUUGCCAUGGACUGGAGGGCUAGCUUGGCUUUCGUUAGGAUAAAUGCAGGAUAGAAGUAACAGGGCGGAGGAGAGGCCCUUGUUUGCAGUCACAUUGUAUUUCCUGCCUUGUAUCUAAUGUGUAACUGUGUGAUAAGGGGACGAAGGGGGGGAGUUUGGGUGCCUUUUCAUAGCUAAUAGUGUAUUAUCGCAUACACAGCAUACCUGCCAAGAGAUAAACCUGGAUCUUACUUAAUGAA